AUGCUAUCCACCACCAGUCCAACACCAACAACCGCCACACAAACCCCCGGAGUCAUGCAAAGCUCCAUAUCCGUCACUCAACAACCAUUACCUGUUUUCCGGCAGUCACCAGGGGUUCAUCUACCUCAUUACCCUCCAAAUUACAUCCCAUACGGUCCAUAUUUCUCCCCAUUUUAUGUCCCUCCACCACCUGCUAUCCAUCAGUUUUUAAGCAACGAGACAUUCCCACAACAACCACAACAAGGCGGCGGAGGCAUGUAUCCAGCAGCACCACCACUAGUGGUUGCCACCUCUAAUUCUAAAUACCCGCUUCCACAAUAUAAGCCAGGAAGCAAUACAGGGAAUAUUGGAAUGGCGGGAAGCUAUGGACCGUAUGCUUCAGCAGCCCAUGCUGGUUAUAACCAAGAUUUCUUGAAAUACAACGAAUCAUCUCUAAUGAAGCUGCCUUGUAAGAUAUUUGAUCCCAUUCCACUUGGUGAAGCUGCUGUUGUUGGGAGGAUGAAGGAUGCAGAUUCAGUAUCAAUGCCUGAAGGUUCAUCUUUAUAUGAUUUGGUUCAAACGAGAAUCACUACCACACAUGCUUCUGUUGGAGUGGUGGUUCGCUUGAGGGAAGAGUUGUCUCUUGUAAAAGAUAAACCUGCUCAUUUUGCAAUUGACCAAUUCAUAGGAUCAAGAAUUGUCAUUGUUGAUAGCUUUACAGGGUUGAUGAAAGCGAAUAGCUCUCGAGUUAGAAGUGGAAAAGAAAGCUCAAGCCGAAAGAGAUAAGAUGCUGAAAAUGCAAGUGUUGUAUUCUUCAUUUCAAUUGUUAGUAUGAAACAUAGAGUAUAUUAGAUGAAUG